UCUCUGAAAAUGUAUGAAGACAGCGUAGCAGACUCGCGCGUCGGUUUGUCCGUUUGGGGUUUUGGCGCUCUGCAGGAGUGCCAGCAGAACGAAACCAUACUCGAAACUUUGGAAGAUCUGUAUCAUUCGAAAUAACCGAUCGACAACUCGAGACCAGAGCAGACGGAAUCAUCGAGUGCAUUUUCAACUGGAAAGAUGGCUACGGUUUCAUGGAAAGUUGCUUUAUCUUCAAGAAUAUUAAUAAGAAACCUUGUGAAUGAACUAAAAGAUAGUCACAACAGUGUAAGAAGGAACUAUUCUAUCUCCUGCACUUUUACAAGGAGCCGAGCGUCCGUGCCUUAUCGAUUUAACACCCGAUGUUAUGCCACAGAGAAUGCUCCUGCUGGGAAAACCUCAGUAUUCAAACAACUGGGCGAUGACCCAAAGAAAGAUUCAAUAAUCAAACAGUUAGAAGAAGAGCAAAAGAAGGAUGAGGAGGAAGCAAGAAAACAUCGUGAGCAGCAUUGGCGCAACACCAAGAGAGGUUUAAUUGCAUGUGGAGGGAUGUUGACUAUCUCGUUCGGAUACAUGAUCUACAGUUUUGGAGCUUCUCCAAGAGAUGAACAAGGAAACCUUAUUUCUGAUGAGUUCUCUAGCCUGCCCUUUUUCCAGCAAUAUACAGGCAGAAUAAUGAAAGAAAUGGAGUAUUUCAAAAAGCUGUUUGGCGAGCCAUCCCGUGAAAAACUUCUCCCAGAUCCCCUAACCUACCCUUAUAUUCAGCCUCCCUACACACUAGUGCUUGAAUUUACUGAUAUGUUAGUUCACCCUGACUGGACUUAUCAAACUGGGUGGAGAUUUAAGAAGCGUCCUGGUGUUGAUUACUUCCUAGAACAAAUUGCACCUCCAUUGUUUGAAGUAGUUGUUUAUACGUCUGAGUCUGGCAUGACUGUGUUUCCCAUCUUGGAUGCCUUGGACCCCAAUGGUUACAUUAUGUACCGUCUUGUGAGGGAUUCUACAAAGUUUGCUGAUGGCCAUCAUGUUAAAGCCCUAGACCACUUAAAUAGAGAUUUAAGUAAAGUUAUAGUUGUAGAUUGGAAUUCGUCUUCCGUGAAGUCAAAUUCACGCAAUGCCUUGCUCAUACCUCGCUGGAAUGGUAAUGACAAUGAUAGAACACUCAUUGAUCUUGCCGCUUUUCUCAAAAUGCUAGCAAACAACAAAGUUGAGGAUGUGAGAGACGUUUUAGAUUAUUACCAACAGUUUGAAGACCCCUUGCAAGCUUUCCGAGAAAAUGAAAGAAAAGUUUUGGAGAGCUUGGAACAGAAGGAACGGGAACGGAAAGAUAACCAAGGGGGUCUUGCUCAACGGUGGAGGCCAACAUUUCUAAGGAAAACUUGAGCUUUUACCUAAAAUGGCAGUGUCAAACCACAAUUUUCCUCUCUUUGUCUGAAGAUAUCACAAUUCCUCAAGUGGCAUUUAUGUAACUAGUUUCAAGUAACACUGAUUACAGUUUUAACUUAGAAUUGAUCCUUGAGGGUUCUGCUCAUUAUCAGUAAUCCAAUUCCCUAAAGACCUAUGAGAAUUUUUUUCCUGCAUGCCCUUUGUGGCCAUUGGCCGUCUUGACAUUCAGUGUCAAGAAAACAAGUGUUGUUAGAUCAAUUUUGUAGACUUUUGUGAUUUGAAACCGCAUGGUUUUGAUACUUGAGCUAACCAGCUGACUGCCAAACAUAUUGACUUCACACAAUUGUAGCUUUCAUGCUUAAUUAGGCUCAAACAAUACUAUGAUGAUUUUAAGAUCUAGUAUCUCUGCAGCAUGUUGUAUCAAAGCCAAUUGCAGUUGUAGUGCACAAUGAUAAUCAUAAUAUGGCUGUCAGUGUGUGUCAUCUUUUUUUUUUUUCCCAGAGCUGUUAAGUUUGACAUUUCUUUAUGAUAAAAGGGAGUAUUCAUUCAUUCAUA